CACUCCCAUGGAGCCCAGCGCCUUUGCAGCCUAAGGGCUGGGGUUGGGGAGAGGCACAGGCCACAUGAUGCCCAACCUCCCUCACCAGCCCAGCACCUGACCAGGAAAAGCUGUGAGUUGCCCAGACUGGAGACGGGUCCCUGAGCAAGACCAAUGGCCUCCCCGCGCCUGGGAAUUUUCUGCUGCCCUACCCGAGAUGCAGCCACACAGCUGGUGCUCAGUUUCCAGCCGCGGGUAUUCCAUGCUUUGUGUCUGGGCAGUGGCUCUCUCAGCCUGCUGUUUUGCCUCCUGCAGCUCCUGCCAGAGCGCCGAUCUGUUGGUCACAGGGCGCCUGCAAAGUCCCCGCCGGCCUCAGUCCACAUCCUCCGAGCUGCCACCGCCUGCGACUUCCUUGGCUGCCUGGGAAUCAUUAUCAGGUCCACUGUGUGGGUAGCCUACCCUGAUUUUAUUGAAAACAUCUCCAACGUGACCGGAACGGACAUUUGGCCUGCUGCUUUCUGUGUGGGGAGUGCGAUGUGGAUCCAGCUGUUGUACAGUGCCUGCCUCUGGUGGCUCUUCUGCUAUGCAGUUGAUGUGUACUUGGUGAUCAAGAGAUCUGCAGGACUGAGCACCAUCCUGCUGUACCACAUCAUGGCCUGGGGCCUAGCUCUUCUGCUCUGCGUGGAGGGAGCAGUCAUGCUUUACUACCCUUCUGUGUCCAGGUGUCAGAGGGGCCUAGACCACGCCAUUCCCCAUUAUGUCACCACAUACUUGCCACUACUGCUUGUCCUUGUGGCCAAUCCAAUCCUGUUUCACAAGACAGUGACUGCAGUGGCCUCUUUACUGAAAGGAAGAAAAGGUGUUUACACAGAGAAUGAGAGACUGAUGGGAGCUGUGAUCAAGACCCGGUUUUGCAAAAUAAUGCUGGUGCUAAUUGCAUGUUGGUUGUCCAAUAUCAUCAAUGAAAGUCUUUUGUUUUACCUUGAAAUACAACCAGACAUCCAUGAAGGCUCUCUGAAACGCAUCCAGAAUGCAGCAAGGACUACAUGGUUUAUUAUGGGAAUACUGAAUCCAGCCCAAGGACUUCUCUUGUCUCUGGCUUUCUAUGGCUGGACAGGAUGCAACCUGGAUGUUCACCCUCCCAACAUGGUGAUUCAAUGGGAAGCAAUGACUGUCUCUGCUAUUGAGGGCACAUACCAGUCACCUGUAGGCUCCUGUGUACCCCAUGAAAACACCAGGAAAGUGAUGUGUGUUGGGGGACACACUUCUGAUGAAGUGCUGAGCAUUUUGUCUGAAGGUUCUGAUGCCAGCACUGUCGAUAUCCAUAGUGCAACUGGGUCCUGCACCAUAAAGGAAGUUGACUCAAUUUCCCAAGUCCAGGGGGACCUCUGAAGGGAUGGGAUAGGAGUCACACACCCUUAUUUUUCAGGCUCUGUCUCUUCAUUUCGGAUUGUGUUCUUGCCUUUCUUCCUAUUACAGUGUCACCAUAACGUAGCAUCCUCCAAAUUCCACUAUGGUCACCAUAGUGGAGCUCACUGAAGAUGCACUUUAUGCUAGGAGAAACAACACACCAGAGCUUGGAAAUGGAAACUUCCUUCUAGAACAUUCAGUGGCACCUCUUGACUCUUACUUACCAUUUGAACUUUUUCUGAGACCAGCUGUAAUGUUACAUGCCAGAUCCAAGUUCUUAAGAAAAAAGUUAAAUAAAGUCAUUGUGUCUA